AUGCCUGGCCGUCUUGAAGGCAAGAUUGCCCUUGUCUCAGGCUCUACCCAAGGGUUUGGACGAGGCAUCCUCAAGACCUUCGUCCGUGAAGGCGCUGUAGUCCUCGGCAUGGAUCUCCAGGCUACCAAUGGCCCAGUUGAUGGCUACACCGAGAAGCAAGCCUACCAAAUCAAGGCCAACGUCGCUGAGGAGGCUAGCUGGAAGAAGGCUCUCGAAACCUCCAUCGCACGCUUCGGAGCGGCCCCCUCGAUCGUCGUCCACAACGCCGGCUGGUCAUACCCAAACAAAUCCGGUAUCGAGGUGACCGAGGCUGAGUUCACGCGCCUCUUCGAUGUCAAUGUCAAAAGUGUCUACCUCGCCUCCAAAAUCCUUAUCCCCGAGAUGAAGAAGAACGGGCCUGGUUCCACCAUCGUCAUCUCCAGCGAGAACGCCAUCCGUCCCGGUGCAACCCAGACUUGGUACAACGCGACCAAGGCUGGCGUCUCCUCGGCUACCAAGUCUAUGGCGCUGGAGUUUGCCAGGGACCAACUCCGCUUCAACACUAUCUGCCCUACUUCGGGUAACACCCCUCUGCUCAACAAGUUCGCUGGUAUUGCAGAUGGUCCCGUCCCCGCUGAGAUCAUCAAGGCCAAGUGCGAAGCUAUUCCUAUUGGGCGUCUUGUCGAGCCUUCCGAUGUAGCCAACGUGGCCCUUUUCCUCGCUGAGCCUGCUAGCUCUAUUAUUAGCGGUAUCGAGAUUCUUGUUGAUGGUGCUCGCUGUGUUUAA